UUAUUACGAUAAUGGAACAAAGAGAUUUUUCGCUACUGAUUAUAGUUAUUGUUAUAGCAUGCACGGAUUCAAUGACUCGGCAACAAAUUAAAAAUGCCGCCAAACUUGUAAAGAAGAAUUGCAUGGGAAAGAAUAAUGUUACUGAAGAUUUGAUCGGAGACAUAGAAAAAGGAAAGUUUAUUGAAGAGAGAAGUGUUAUGUGUUAUAUAGCAUGCGUUUAUCAAAUGACGCAGAUUGUAAAAAAUAAUAAGAUCAGCUAUGAAGCGUCUAUAAAACAAGUGCAGAUAAAUUAUCCUCCAGAGAUGAAAGAAGCGAUGUUAGUUUCUAUCGAGCAUUGUAAAAGUACACCUAAGAAAUAUAAAGAUAUCUGCGAAUCAGCAUAUUGGACAGCCAAGUGCAUUUACGAAGAUAACCCAGAUAAUUUCUUAUUUGCGUAAUAAAAGAAAUGUAUCCUUAAA